UGAUAUGCUAUCAUUGUGUUUCUAACCGUGGCGGGAGACCAACAUACGAAAAAUAACAAAAUCACUGCAGGACCAACUAGUUAGUGUCGUGUGUUGAAUUAAGCACAGCCUGCAAAUUCGGCAAACGUGGGAACCUGCCAGCAGCUUACGUAUCGUUGUGACGUCGACUGACGUAUGGCAGAUAGACCGUACACAUACGACCCGGUGGCCACCGGCGCAGUCAGCCAGCAAGCGUACAGGAUGGAGGCGGGGCAACUUUGGCGGCAAUACAUCAUCGCGGCCGCUGCGAACAUCGUGGUGGCCACUACGGGUUACUCCAUGGGAUGGACGUCGCCCGUGAGCCCCAUACUUGGCAACCUGACCCAGUCCCCUCUGCCUGAGAAGGUGACGGCAGACCAGACCGCGUGGAUCGGGUCUUUGCUUACCGUGGGAGCCAUAUUUGGUCCCUUCGUCGGAGGUUUCGCAGCGGCAAAGAUUGGACGCAAAUGGGGUCUCCUAAGCUCCUCCAUUCCACUCUUCGUCGGUUGGAUCCUCAUCGCGGCGGCCACCAAUGUCGGCCUCAUCUACGCCGGAAGAAUAUUCUGGGGUCUGGCUGUGGGAAUGAUCUUCACUAUUUCACCUAUGUACUGCGCUGAGAUUGCUACGGACGAGUCUCGAGGAGCUCUCGGCUCGUUUCUCCAGGCCUUCAUCACAGUGGGUUUCCUGCUCGUCUACGGUAUCGGGCCCUUCAUUUCGUACUCGGCCAUCGCUUACGUGGGCGUGGCCUUCGUCGCGGUCUUCUGCAUAGCUUUCUUCUUCAUGCCUGAGACGCCUACGUACCAUCUGAUUAACAACAACAAAGAGGCAGCAGCGGAUUGCCUGUGCACCAUCCGCGGCAGGUCUCGCGCGGGCGUCCAGGCCGAACUGGACCUUAUGGCCGCCGACGUCGCUGCCAGCCAGGAGAAGACUGCCACGAUUGCUGACAUCUUCCGCGGCAGCAACUUCAAGGCGUUCUACAUUUCCUGCGCGCUGGUGUUCUUCCAACAGUUCUCAGGCAUUAACGCGGUGCUGUUCUACAUGACUGACAUCUUCACGGCGGCUGGGUCCACUCUAGAACCCGCCAUUGCUACCAUCAUCAUUGGAGCUGUGCAGCUAAUGGCAUCCUGCAUCACUCCCUUCGUAGUGGACAGACUGGGCAGGAGGAUUCUUCUGCUGAUCUCGAGCUGUGGAACUGCUAUUGGUCUAGGUCUCCUCGGCAUGUACUUCUUACUAGCUGCCCAGAAGAGUCCCAUAGCUGAGACGAUCAGCUUCUUGCCGAUCCUGGCUCUCGUGCUCUUCAUCCUGACCUACUGCUGGGGCCUGGGUCCCUUACCGUGGGCCGUCAUGAGCGAGCUGAUGCCUGUCGAAAUCAAGUCGGUCGCCGCGCCCCUCGCUACGGCUUUCUGUUGGGGGCUUUCCUUCUUAAUCACCAGGUACUUCAACGCGAUCGCGUUGGCUGUGGGCAUGUACACGGCGUUCUGGAUCUUCGGCAUCUGCUGUGUCGGGGCCUUCUUCUUCACUCUCUUCGUCGUGCCCGAGACCAAGGGCAAAAGCUUCACAGAAAUCCAGGAUAUCCUCGCUGGAAGAACAAGCAAAUCAGAGAAGGCUUAAACUAGAAAAGACAAAUCUGCGAAUUUUGAUCGUUACUACUUAAUAUUAUGCUUUUUUAUAUCACUAGAGUUUAUAGUAUCGUUGUUUUAAAUGACACGUCAUUUAAUGAAGCGUGUGCUGUAUAAGUAUGUCCAAAGAGGUAUAAAUAUAAACUUAUUUUGUAAGGAAUAGGUAUUUAAAAAGAUAACUAUAAUUUAUUCACACAAAAAACGGCAUAUUCUCAAGGGCAUCACAGUAAAAAAAUGUUUGAGAAGCCCUGACUUACCUACAUAUUAAUUUUCUAGUGAAUGCUUAUGGAAUUUAAACAUGUAUUUUGUAAUUUAGCAAUUAAUAACUAUUGAAAUAUCAUUUUUAUGUUGCAAUAAAUUGCAUUUUUGCUACAAAAUCUUACAUUAUAACAUACCACAGAGCACCCCAAAAUGUUCCAGGAUGUGCCAUUCUGCGAUGUGAGUUUAAGGUCUUUUGCUAACAUUACGACCCACCCAUAUGAAAUAUUUUAAUCUAAUGUAUUUAUUGAUUUAUUGGAUAAUAAUUAUUAUACAGGAAUAAUACAAUUGUAAUUUUACUACUUAUUAAGUUAUUAGCACUAUGGUGGAGUAGGUAUUAUAUUUAUCAAAAUUAAAUACUUUUAUCGAAUUUUUGAAAUAAUUGCAACUUAUUCAAACCGCUGUAGCCGUAAUUUUAAUUGUAAUAGAAAAUACCGAUUUUUAGUAAUUUAGAAGUUAGACAUUGCCUUCUUUGAUUUAUAAAUCUUUCAGACUUUACUAAAAGUACAAAGUAACUAUAGACAUAGCUAAGGUGCUGAAAAACUGUAAUUUUGUGAUAAUUUAGAUGAAUUUAAAUGUUUUGUAAAUACUAAUUAUAUUAUAAAUGUUUCAUAUUGCACCACUCGGUGGCGUGACGCCUCUGCCAGUGUUUUGUAUAUUUUGAAAUAAUAUUUUUUACUAUUUGUAUGCCAGUGCUUGGUGUAGUUGAGCGUAGCGUCAUCGAUUAGUGCAUUUACCCUAUUUUGUUAUGAAAUAAAUAUUUUUUAUUAUAAUAA